GCCCACCCUGGAAAGACCACCGUCACCGCCCUGCACGCCAAGGAGAGAGCAAAGCCCUCGAGCGGUCUGCUCGGUUUCGGGGUUAGCUGCCCCAAUGGCUCCUGUGUUAUUUCCCGUGGCGCGGGCCGGCCGGCCGGAGGGAAGGCAUUCCAGGAGCAUCCCCGCGUCCUCUGGGAAGGGCUCGCCAACAACUGCUGGUGUGUGCGCUGGCCUGGCAGGGUGACGGAUGCCUAACGGCUCGGCUGCCUAUGGGGUUUUAGGCACAAAUCUGAGAGGGUGGAGCUGCCUUCGGGAGGAGGUGUGCUCGAGAAGUCAGAGAGAGAGUCUCUGCUGGGCUUUGCACUCUCUGUCCACUUGCUGUUGUGAAGGAAAUUUUUUUUUUUUAACCUGACUGGACAAAGUUUUUAUUAUACCAGUGACAUUUCCAAGUUGUUUCGUACUUUGAAGAGUUUUGAGAAUUCCUGCCGACGCUUUUCCUGAGGGAAGCCAUGCCCUACCACAGAGUCCUUCGCCUGGUCCUGCUAACACUGUGCAGCAUCCUGGUCCCUGCUGUGCUGGCAGCAGAGUACCCGCAGGGCCCAGUCCCCACCCUCUGGAACGAGCCCCCCGAGCUGCCCUCUGGAGCCGGCCCCUUCGACGCUGCCACCACCACAGCCCGGCUUUCAGACGCCACCGCCUUCCCCCCGUACACCUCCGAGCUGGAGCCCGAGGACACCACCCACCUGCACCGGCUGGACGCCGGGGACGGCUCGCUGGGGCCCGGAGCUAUCGGUGCCAUUGUCAUCGCCUCCCUCCUGGGCACGUCUGUGCUUGUCGCCUUGGUCGUCAUCACGCUGAGGAAGUUCUCGGCCUCCUGAACUCAAUAAAAGAUUUUUCUGUAAUACAA